AUGGAUGUCCAGAAACUCCUCAGCCUAGAGCCUCGUUCUUGGGACUAUAUUUCUCAGCUGCAACCUAAAGUUGGCCUUGUGGAACGUGUGGAUGAUGGAAGAGAUUUUGGCAAUCUGAUGAGUGUCAUACAAUACUGUAAAGAAAAUAGUGAAGGUGUAGUGAAAGGGGAAAAUGGGGACAGCAUCUUCUUAAAAGAGUUGAACAAAAAGCAGGAUGUCAAAAAGCCAAAAAUUGCUGUAGUGGGUAGUGGGCCUUCUGGCCUAUUUGCUGCUCUUGUUCUUGCGGAGCUCGGUGCAGAUGUCACACUAAUAGAAAGAGGUCAACCGGUUGAAAAGAGGGGGCAUGAUAUUGGUAGUCUUAUUGUUCGGAGAAUUUUAGAUUUGGAAAGUAACUUCUGCUUUGGGGAGGGUGGUGCAGGUACCUGGAGUGAUGGAAAGUUGGUAACUAGAAUUGGACGCAAUAAAGGCAGUGUCAUUGCGGUUAGUUUCACUUGA